AGAAAGUGAGGUUAGAACGAAUCGGGCAUCAGGUGUUUACGUGUUUGAUCGCGUGCUUACAGACAUGCGCUUCUUCGCACAGAUGAUUUCUUUAUGGAUAAGCGUUUGCAUGGCGUUUCACAGUACAGCUGGAGAAGUAACUGUGGAAGAACCAAUCGACUCGAACACUAUACAGCGGUUCAACCAGAACCCGGAGCAAAAUGACACCAAAGACAACGAAGUGAAAGCUUUGAAAAAAGUCUUCCUGUCGAACAGAUCGAUAACAUGCAACGAUGGAUCUCAAGCAGGUUUUUACUUGAGAAAAUCGCAGUCCAGUAAAAAAUGGAUAAUAUUUUUAGAAGGUGGCUGGUAUUGUUAUGACAGCCAUACAUGCAGAAACAGAUGGCUAAAACAAAGGCAUUUCAUGACGUCAUCUAAGUGGCCCGAAACAAGAGAUGUCGGCGGCAUAUUGUCUCCGAACCCCAAAGAGAACCCCUUCUGGCACAAUGCCAACCACGUGUUCGUCCCCUACUGCACCAGCGACUCGUGGAGCGGCACCAAGCCCCCCUCGCCCUCGCAGCUGUUCAGCUUCAUGGGCAGCUUCGUCGUCCGCCAGGUCGUCCGCGACUUGGUCCCCUUGGGUCUGGAGAACAGCACCGACCUGUUGCUGGCGGGGAGCAGCGCUGGGGGCACGGGAGUGAUGAUCAAUCUGGACUACGUGAAGGAGUUGCUGCACGAGGAGUUGAAGUUGACGCAUAUCAAUGUGAGGGGGGUGAGCGAUUCGGGGUGGUUUUUGGACAGGACGCCGUACAUGCCGACGAACAAGCCGGCGGUGGAGGCGAUUCGGAAGGGGAUGGAGUUGUGGAGGGGGAAGGUGCCCAGGAGGUGUAGGGAGGAGUACCUGAACGAGCCGUGGAGGUGCUACUUCGGGUACAGGCUGUACCCGUCAUUGACAACCGAGCUUUUCGUCUUCCAAUGGCUGUUCGACGAGGCCCAAAUGGACGUGGACAACGUUGGCGCGCCGGUCACCAAGCAGCAAUGGGACUACAUCCACAAAAUGGGCGACGGCCUGCGCCAAAGCUUCGAGAACGUUUCGGCAGUCUUCGCGCCAUCCUGCAUCUCUCACGCCGUGCUCACCAAGAAGGACUGGCAAAAAGUCGAGAUCGACGACACGUCCAUAGCAGAGGCCCUGCACUGCUGGGAGCAGAAGACGAGCAGAAGAAGACUGAGGCGGUUGAAGAGGCUGAAGAGCGCAGGGCGGUUCGCCGACUCGCCCGGCGGGAUGCGGAAGAAGAAGAGGCGGAAUGGCGGGAUGGGCUUGCGCAACACGCCGCCAGAGGUCAACGAUGUCGGCAAGAAGAAGAGGAGGCGGGCGCGGAAGAACAGAAGAGGACGAAAGGAUAAAGACCGUGCGCACGCGCAUUCUCAAUCGCAGAACGAGAAUCGAGCUACGCACCACCCCAACAAAAGGACUUCCGCGCAAGACCGUCCCGCACGGUCAGUCCAGCAGAGUCCCAGGAGGCCUGGGAAGAGGCACUGCUCGCACAGGCGGCUGGAGAGGUGUUCCUGGCCGCAGUGCAACCACUCGUGCCCCAGGCUGCACAAUCCCUUCACCGGGGAAGAGAUGGACUUCAUCGAGCUGCUCAAGUCCUUUGGCCUGGACAUGAACAGCGUGGCUGACGCGCUCGGCAUAGAUAUGCAGACUCUCAAUAAUAUGGACCAUUCGGAGCUGUUGAAUUUGUUGACGCAGCAGUCAAAUUACUGAUUUAUUGCUGCCGAACAUCCAGAAAAAUGGACUUCUAGAAACAUCUUUGGAGAUGAGAGUCUCUAAACAAUAAUCUAUCUACUGCCAAAGUAUUGCAAGCUAAAUAUGAAACCAUGUAUAGACCAUUUCGAUCUGUUGAGUUCAUCAAGGUAACAAUAAUUUUUUGUAUGUAAAUUUGGUAAUCCAAGGGACACACAAUUUUCACAAUCCAGUUUUGAAUACCUUCAAGUGGGUAGUAAUUGAUCAAUCACAAAAUAGUUGUUCAGCAAGAUGAGUCCUUUUGGCAACCAACAAAAAAUUGCUUCUGAAGAAUACUAGAACUUUUUGGUGUGAGAGCUAAAUUAAGUCAUCGAAAAUCGUUCAUGUCUAUUGCACCUUUUUGAAAAUGUUGCAGACACAAUAUAGGACAUUUGGAGCUGUGUAUGUUGACACAGCAGUCAGAUUACUGAUUACUCAAGGACGGACCUCUAAGUGAGAAGUUUCUUGGUUGAUAACAAAAAUAUUGACUGCUAGAAACAUCUUUGGAGAUGUAAGUCUCGAAACAAUAAUCUAUCUACUGCUAAAGUAUUGCAAGCUAAAUACGGACUACCUUGUAUAGGCCGCGUGCACGAUGACCGACCCUAGAAAUCUGAAAUAUUGAAACACAUCCUCACUCUCCUGUGAAUUAUUGAAACACAACCU